UGAGUUCAAUCAGUGAUGAGAGGUGAUAAGCAAGCUUCAUGGCCGCCCCCGUGGGAAACCAGUUACUCCUGCCAGACUGUUAUAUUAAGGGUGUGCGGGGGAGGCCUCAUAUCUCCUCCUCGACCAGCAGACACGAUGCUUCCCCUGCUCCCGACGACAGCCCUGGUUGUGGUCGCUCUCCUCACAGGAGCGAACGGCUGUUCUGUUGGCUUCGUCGAGAUCAACGGAGAGUGCUUCUACUUCAGGUCUGAGGUGGGGACGUGGGAGGCCGCUCACGACCUCUGCCUCAACCUCACCGACUCCCGCGGCCUGGCAGAGGUCAAGUCUGCCAACACACUGAGAGCCAUCUAUGAGUACAUCAGGACCUACGACCUGGGCGGGUCCUUCUGGCUGGGGGCCACCGACCAAGCCUACGAGGGUGACUGGCUGUGGACUGACGGCAGCAGGGUGGCCCGGGGCACGCCCUUCUGGGCCCUCCACUACAGUGUCUUAGGCUGGAGCCAGGAGCCUUCUGGCGGCAGCGAUGAGAACUGCCUGUCGCUGGACAAAGACCGUUACUAUUACUUCAACGACGCCAACUGCGACAACGGGUACUACCCCAUCUGCCAGGGGCUGUAGCCUCGCCACUCCUGAGGGCGAGGCUUCGGCACCAGCUGUUACUGGCCACGAUGAUGCAGAAAUUAUCGUACGGAAAGAGUUGAGACUACGCGAGAAUGUAUUAUUUACACACCAAGAUCUGUGACAAAUAAUUCAUUGUACGUUUACAUAAAUAAAUAAAUACAAUAAAUAACUUACAUACUACCUUGGGGUAACUAUACAAUACUUACUGUAUUUUUCAGUGAAUAGGAUGGAUGUUUUUGCCGCACUACCAAGCCAUUAUAUACUGUAUCUACAUGCACAAAAUGCAGCCCGUCCUCCUAAAAUAAAAGUACUUAUAGUAAUUAUUUGGUGGAAAGUACCGAUAUGUAGUGAUAGUCCUCCAGAAAGUUGACUUUGUAUCAUUGAAUUUGGUCAAAUGGAAACAUUUUUUUGUUAACUGCAACAUAUAGAACCUAACCUAGCAACCAUAGGCCUAAUUUUAUAGUAUCUUAGUUAUUUUAGACCUAAUAUAGCACAUAUAUGUGUUAUACAAAGCCUAGGAAUAUAUAAGUUUUUAUUAGCUUUAUUUUUUUGCACUAUAAAGUGAAUAGUGCCAAAUUCAAUUAUCUAAUUGUCUUUUACACCAAUGUUUGUACUAUGAAGCACAGUAUUACAAAAAGUAUUAUCUAAACAGGAGGAUGGGUUGCAUAUUGCUACUUUCCACCAAAUAGUUACUAUAAAUACUAUCAUUUCAGGAGGACACAUUGACAAAAUCAUAUGUUUUCCACUACAAAACCACGUAAAGAUCAAUUCCAAUAAAUGUACGAUGAAACAUA